AUGAUCAAAGCAAGGAUGAUGGGAACUGAUCAGAAGAGAAAGCAAUUGAUGAGGAAGCAAGCACAAGCCAAUUCAAGAAAGGGUUGUAUGAGGGGAAAAGGAGGCCCUCAGAAUGCAACAUGCACCUACAAAGGUGUAAGGCAAAGGAUUUGGGGCAAAUGGGUUGCCGAGAUUCGCGAACCACGUCGUGGUUCGCGUAUCUGGCUUGGGACGUUCAAUACGUCCCAUGAAGCCGCCUUGGCUUACGAUGCUGCGGCGCGUAAGCUUUACGGCCAUGAUGCUAAGCUCAAUCUCCCAGACCUUCAACCCUCUAUCUCCACAACUCAGGAUAUUCAAAGAGACAACCUUUUUCAACAACAAUCUCACAUGAUGAUUAAUCAGCACAACAUUGGCCCCUCUUUCAACAACAACAACAAUAACCUCAAACCUUUGGUGCCCAUGGCUGAGGUCGGUGUUACACCAAUUUACACCAAUGAAGGCAUUAUGUCUCUUCCCUUAAGAGAUGAUAUCAACACCUACACCACCAUCAACAACAUCAAUAACUUCAACACCAAACCUAUAAUUUUGGAAAGCUUCCAAAACCCAACAAAGCCUAUGGACAAUAAUAUUAUCAAUAAUAAUAAUGUAGAGAAGCCAAGUUCCUCAUUUUCUGAGCCAGAUUUUUAUGAUGAUUCCAUUUGGACAGAAGCUGCUGCAUCUUUGAACUUUCCUAUGCUUUCAGAUGCUAAUAAUGGUUUUUAUGAAGCUGGGGAUAUGGCUUGGAUAUGCAAGGUUGAUGGUAAAGUAGUUAAUGAUAAUCUAGAUGGGACAGAGACUGAUCAGGAGAAAAUUUAG